AUGUUCAGUCUAUUUGAUAUUCAAAGCAAGGUGAUGGAAAUUUGUAAAAAGGAAUUAAACAAACCGGAUUCUAAUACAAUUGAAUAUUGGGAAAAAUAUAUAAAAAAUAAUUUUAUAACGGGAGGUGUUUUCAAACAUACAAUUAAUAAAUAUUUAGAUAAAUCACCACCACUACCGUUAUUACCAGUUCAACAACCAACCACAUCAAAGAAUACCAAAAGUAAACAAAAACAACAGCAACAAAAGUUACAAAAGAUUGAAAAUGAACCAAAAACUUUUGAAUUAUAUAGUUAUAGUUUACCCAGAUAUUUUUAUUAUUUAUUUGAAUCUGGAAUUGAAAACAUAUCAUUUCAUUUUUCAGAUUCGGUGGUUAAUCGAUUGGAUAAGGAUGUUUUAAUAUUUAAUUCGGAUAAAGCAAAGAUUAUUAUAAUAUAUAAAAAUUUACACGUUCAUAUUGAAGGCUCAAUUAAAGUUAUUUUCACAGAGCAAUUAAAGAUAAUAUCAUUUCAUUUGGAAUCUAAUGAUUUUCAAGAGUUUAUACCUAAAGAUUAUAUAAAUAAUUUAUUCCAAUCAUUUUUUCAAAAUCAAACACCAGUUUAUUUCCCAACAAAUAAUGACCAAAAUAAUAACAAUAAUAACAACAACAAUAAUAGCUUUUUAAUUAAUAAUAAUAGUUCUAGUAGCAACAGUUUUCUUUUUAAAACUGAUUUAUAUACUGAAGUUGAGCUUGAUUACAAUUUAAAGCAUGAGGAUAAUAUUUGCAAUAACAUAAAUAAUAAUAGUAAUAAGGGAUUUUUAGUUUCAUUAAUACAACCAAAAUCAUCAAAUUUUGAAAAUAGUAUUAAUAAUACAACAACUACAACAACAACAACAACAGAAACUUCAACAAUAGAAAAUAAUGUAAAUAAUAUAAAAUCACAACAAAUUAACAAGGAGGUUGAAAUUAAAACAUCAACUAUUUUAGAGCAAGAAACCGUUAAAGAGAAUUGCAACGUUGAGGGAACUGUUUCAUCAUCGCCAUUUAUUGAUAAUAAUGACAAGCAAAUUAGAGAAAUGAAUAAGGAUAGUGGUCUAAUAAAAAAGAAGAGCAAUAGUGUUUUGGAUGAAUUUGAUAUUAUGAUGGCCAGCAACGAAGAGGGUACUUUGUUAUCACCAAAAAAGAAGGCAACAGAAUUGGAUUUGGGCAGUAUGGAUGAAAAAGACAAUGGAUUAAAUUCAUAUAUUAAUAAUAAUGGUAAUGGUGGUUCAACUCCAGUUUCUUUAGAAAAUACAGCUUUAUUCAAUUAUGAAAUUGAACCUUUAAUAACAAAUAGUCAAAAUAAUUAUUAUGGUUUAAAUAAUUUAAAUGGUUUAAAUAGUAAUAAUAACAAUAACAAUAAUAUUAAUAAUAAUAAUAAUUUAAAGCGUAAAGGUUAUUUUGAUAUGGAAUCAGUUCAAUCACAUUUUACUUUAUCUCCAUCACCAUCCUUAAACUCAUUUGGAAUACCUAAUAAAAUUAUGAAGUGUUAUGAAUUUGCAGAUGUAUUUAAUGAUUUGGGCAGUUUAAUGGCAUACACACGUCAACACAAAGUUCCGUUAAAAAACUGUAUCUCUUCUUUUUUAGAGCAUACGAAAAAAGAAAUUCCUCCAAUUUAUAUACCACAGCCUAUGCAAAUACCUCAAACUCCACACCAAUUAUUUACUAGUUUACCAACAAUAGAUGGUGUACCUUUUAAUUUAUCAAAACAACCCUCUUUAUCAGAUUUCAAUAAUAGCAAUAGCAAUAACAAUAGCAAUAACAAUAGCAAUAAUGGCAUUAAUAUUAAUACAAAUAAUAGUUCAAACACUACUGCACCAACUAAUACUACUAGUGAUAUUAAUAAUACUAAUACAGGUACUAAUAGUAGCACUAAUACUAGUUCUAGUAAUAGCAAUAGUGGUAAAAAAUCAUCAAGUAAAUCAAGUGUACAAAAGUCGUCUUCAUCUUCCUCAAUAACAUCAUUGGCUUCUCCUUCCUUGGCAAGUCAAUCAACAACAGCAACUCAAUUAUCAACAACCACAUCCACAAGUUCUACAGCAACGUCAUCAAUAACUAAAAACUCACCAUCAGGUAAAUCAAGUGUACAAAAGUCAUCUCAUGAUUCUAAAGAUUCUAAAGAGUCUAAAGAAUCUAGUUCAAAAUCAAAGUCAAAAUCAAAGUCAAAAUCAUCAUCUAAGUCAAGUAGUAGUACCUCUGAAGAUGCACCAACUCCAAAAUCUUCAUCGAGUAGGUCUAGAUCUAAGUCAUCUUCAAACGAUACAGAAGUUGAAAGUAGUAAGAAAUCAAAAAGUAGAAAGAAAUCUUCUUCUUCUUCUUCAUCUUCUACCACUUCACCUUCACCCUCUUUGUCAUUACCUUCUCCUGUAUUAGAUACACCUACUUUAAACUCUGCUUCAAACACAACAGCUUCCACAUCAAAUUCUACACCAGCUAUUACCCCAGUUCCAACCCCAUCAACAAAUGCUGGCUCCGCAACACCAAUGGCAGCAUCGGCUACUAUUGCCUCAACACCACCCGCAACAAAACCUUCAACUAACACAGUAAUACCACCCAACAACCCGAGCUUUUCACCAAUUGUAGUAAAUUCAUUAAUACAAUCUACAAACAAUAUAUCACAAACCCCAUCAAAUCCAUCAACACCAUUGGUAACACCCAAUAUUAAUAAUGGCCAUCCAACCCCAACCAAUCAAAUACCAUCACCACAGAAUAUUGGGGGUCAUCAAGUUAUGAUCUCAAAUGGAUUUUUAAAUUUUCAUCCUGUAAAUAAUUCAUCACAACAAAUAUUACCAAACUCGGCUCACCAACAAAUGGCACCAUUCUUUCAUUUACAAACUAUACCAACUCAUCACCAGUUUACAGGUUUGGGUAUUACAACAAAUGGUAGCACUGGACUUAUCAAUCAUCAUAACAUUAAUCAUGGCAAUCCAUCAUUCUUUAACUUACCCCCAACCAUUAAUAAUUCAGCACCAUCAGCAAAUUUAAAUAUUAGUGAUAGCCAACAACCAGAGCUUGAUUUCUUAUCUUUUGAUUCGGCAAUUUAA